AUGUCAAACAUUCAGAAGGUCGAAUAUGAGGCACUCACUGUCUCCGGAGAUAACUACCUCAAAUGGGCCCUUGACACCAAGAUCUACCUCAACUCAAAAAGUCUGGGUGAAUGCAUCAAAGAUCCCAACACCGCGACUCAAACAGAACGGUACUCGGUGAUAUUUAUUAUCCGCCAUCACCUCGCUGAGUCUCUCAAGCAACAAUACCUCACUCUUGAGGAUCCACUCGAACUUUGGGUGGCACUGAAAAAGCGAUAUGACCAUCAGAAAACGGUCAUACUGCCCCAAGCCAAGUUCGACUGGAAGAACCUACGGUUCGAAGAUUUCAAAUCCGUCGAAGAAUUCAAUUCCGAACUCUUUCGGAUAGUUGCACUCAUAAAACUAUGUGGCGAGGAGGUCACUGAUAAGGAUAUGCUAGAGAAAAUUAACAUUCUCUACUUUUGGCACUCCCAAUGUUGUUCUCCAACAACAAUACCGUGCCAUGAAUCAUAA